GUGUGUGUGUGUGUCUGACAGGAUAUAAAAGUGGUCGUCAGUCGUUAGAACAGAAGGAGCGACUUUCUGUCCAUCUGUCCAUCGACCGAACAACAAGAAAACAACAGAGAGCAAGAGAGAGAGGGCAGUGUGGAGAAUGUGUCCUGUGUGGCUAUUGGUUGCUGUGACAGUGUUGGGCGUGGCCAGAGGAUCAGUCACCAACCAGUGCUGGGAGCAUCCGAGCUGUCAGGAGGUCAAUGAUGAGAGGAGCAUGAUGGAGUGUGUCCGGCUGUGUCGCUCCGACCUCAGCGCCGAGGAGCCGCUGGUCCCGGGGGACGGUCACCUCCAGCCUCCUCCUCUGCCUCCCCUCGCGCUCUCUUCCUCCUCCUCCUCCUCUCCUCAGGCCAAGCGCGCCUACUCCAUGGAGCAUUUCCGCUGGGGGAAGCCUGUCGGUAAGAAACGCCGCCCCAUCACAGUCGACAGCUCCAACAGUGUGGAGGAAGAAUUCCCCGAGGUUUUGAGGCAGGAGCUCGGCGAGGCGGACGUCGAGCAACACAAGUUCCACAACGUCCACGAGAAAAAGGACGGCGCGUACAAGAUGAAGCACUUCCGCUGGAGCCACCCGCCCACCAGCAAACGCUACGACGAGCCGACGGAGAGGCGGGGCGACGGCGAGGAGGCGGCGGCGGAGCAGCAGCGGGGAGGAGCCGGAGGCAGGAAAUAGAUGGAAGUCAAGAGGGACGACCAAUCGACACACGGUUAUGUUCACGACCAAAAAACCUGUCAGUGUUUGUUUGAAGGGUUAAAAAUGAAAAAUCCACAUAUAGAUUUAUUUUGUGAUUGUUUAUUUGAUAAGUUUGUGUUUGGGGUUUUUCUGAACACACACACACACACACACACACACACACACGUGAAUCAUGUGACAGAAACAAAGAAACAAUAAAACCAAAGUUCAAUCCUA